GACCCAUAUAAGUCAUAUCGGCCUUCCUAUUUAGUCGAACCAAGCUGGCUUCCGCAAGGGGCGCGGAGGAGAGUACAAUAAAAAUGGCUGCCAGGGAUUUCAAAUGUUUUCGUUUCUAAGGGUGGGUAAUAUUUACGUAAAUAUUUCAUACUUUUCCAUCGUUUGAAUGUUAAUUACCAGUAUUGAAGUGAGUACUCAACUUAUCUGGGAGUGAUUUUAAGUCUUUCUUUGCCUUUUUCCUUUUUUUUAUUAUUUAUGAAUCUACACUUAUGGGCCCUUUUUUGCAAACCUCCAGACUCUUGUUCGUCUCUUCUUCCUCAUCUUACUUAUCUAUCCUUAUCUUCCUCAGAAGAUAAGGAGAGCGACUCAUUCACCUAGCGAAUCAAAGUCACCUAGAUCAUCAUUUGAAUCUCUUUCUUGUUGUGAAUCCACGUCUUCCUCCUCUGCAUUAUACUGGGCUUCUCUAUAAGCUCUGAGUUAUUUAAGACGGUCAAAGUCUUGAAUUAAAAAAAUAACAAUUAAUAUUCAUAAUUUUUACCCUAAAUGUGUUAUUUUAUACUAAUUGCAGAUCCUGAACGCCCGUCACAUUCCUUUGUUGCAUUGGAGUCAUGCGUAAUGUGGUAUUUCUAUUUUUUUCGUUUCUAAGGGAGGGUAAUAUUUACGUAAAUAUUGAUGUAUUAAGGGAUAGACUAUGGCCAGCGUCAGCUGUUUUGGGGCAAGGUCUCAUGUCUGCAAAACAGGUCUUCUUUUGCAAAUUUUAUUGACAAUGAUCUUGAAUAUACCGUAAAUAAUCGCUGAAAAAGAUUGUAGAUUUACAUAAAUUGUGAAUGUGCUACACACUUAUGACAAGUUUUGCAAUCCAAGUUCGAUCUAAAAUGUGAAUCAUUGUUAACUAUUACCUGAAGCAGCUGGAAGCUAUUCAUCCUAGUCAUGAGUGUUUAAUGACUUAUUGACCGAAGCAGUAAUUAAUAAAAUAAUUAAUAAAAUGUAAUGUUAUUGAGAAUAGAGUGGUUCGAGGUUCCCAUCUUGGAUACUUAUUAGUACCAAGUUGAUGCAACCACAUCCCAAAAACAUUGACAUUCCAUAAGAAAAGGGUACAAAAGGAAGGACAGUCAAGGAAGGGAAGAAUAACAGUGGGGAAGAAAGGGGUCGGUCCCUCUUUUUUUAACUCUCUCUUUGACUUUUCAUUCGUACACUUUUCUUAUGGACAAUGUCAACGCUUAUUGGGUUGUGGUUGCACCAACCAACAUAAAAUCAUGCAACGCGGUGGACCCUUUCACCGACUAUGACCCAGAAACCAGUUGAAGGGUCCAACGAGUUGCCUUUUUUUCCUAUUCAUUUUCCCAUGCAAUCGAGCUCCCAUCGGCCAAAAGGGAAAAUUUUUAAGUUUACAAAAAUGUCGAUUGGCUUGGAUGACAGCGAAUUUGCUGAAUUCAAUUCUUCUAAAUUUUAGAGCUCUUUCAAAGUAAAAAUGGCGACCGGCUCACAAGAUAACGAAGGUUUUGUUGAUGAGGUGACAGUAGAAACUAAGUCUACUGAAACCCGUAGAAAAAGAAAAGGCCCCAAUAUAUAAAUUGUCACGAACUCAGGGCAUAAUUUCUCUGCAUUUUGGUUAAGUAGUACUAUUAUUAUAGGUAAUCUUUUUUAUUUUUACUUUGGUCUCGUAGGAAAAUAAUUCAAAGGGUUGGAGAAGGGCAAAAACAAUCUUCCUACUUUAAAACUCAACGAAAUAAAAUUCUGUUUAAAUUUUUCUACGAGUGCUUAUGUCAUUUGAUUUUUCAAUAAUAUAGAUGAAUCAAUUGGCUGAUGAAAACAGCCUGGUCUCUCUUGACGUCAAAAACAGUCUUGACAUCCAUGGCAAAGCUUUCUGAUUGGCUGUUUUGUGGCUAGCCUUCCAGAUUGGCUUAUGCCGGAACCAAUUAAGAGAAUCACGUGAUCGGAUUUUGUUGGUUAUGGCAGCCAUUGUUGUUUUGAUGGUGUCAAUGUCGUAUAGAUUCAACUAAUUUGUAAUGAGUGAAUUGAAUCCCAAAAGCAAAAGAGUGAAAAUGGACGAGUACAAUGAAAAGAGAAGAAACUCUAGAAAGAAAGAUCCCUUCUCUGGUACUCGUGGUUUUGGUGCUUGCAGUUCAAGUGCCCUUGCAAGUAAAAGUGGUCCCGAGUUAGAAAAAGGUCGUGGAAAGAAGAGAAAAAGACCCUUAAAAUCUUCUUCUGGAGGAACUAUUGAAAGUCAAGACGACACCUGAAGAAAAGGUUACGUCAAUGAUCAUGUAAAUUAUUGUACAUCUUUUCAAGAAUAUAUGGAGCAUGUCAAUGAAACAAGUGCAUUACACAACCUUAUUGAAAAUAGUGUCAUAGAUGAAAAGGAUGACACAAGAAUGCAGAAGAAAUCUUGGAAAGAAAGGGUUGAAGCAACAGAGUGUGCCUGGAAGGAAGCAUUUCAAACUCUGCUGGAAGAUGUAUUUGCAACACAAGCCUUUCAUUUCUUGCCUUGUAAAAAAUGUGGUUAGCAACUCACAGCAUAUGUUGUUCGAUGUAGCAGUUGCAAUAUGUUUUAUUGUGGAAAAUGUGACUUAGAACACCACGAAUCACAACCUUUUCAUAAUCGGACAUUGGAUACAUUGACAUCAUCAACGUGUUUACUAUCUCAUCAGUUCGCUGAUGAAAAUGGAGAACUAUUUUCAAAAGAUGUUCCAGUUCCAUGUUUUCCUCCAGAAUUGUGCACUAGCUGUGAAUGUAAAGGGCAUUUUGAAAUCUUGGCAGGUGAUAAAAGCAUUGCUGUUGUUACAAAAGAUGGUCGAUUUGAUUUAAAAUCCACAAAGUUUAAAUGCAAGAAUUGCAAAAUAGAAACCAAAUCAUCAAUAAUUGAUUACAUUACCUCUGGAUUUUGGCCAGGUGAUCCUCAAAACAUGUCUUACUUAAUUUCGGCAGAUUUGUUGCGAUUUUGGUAUCUUACAAAGCACAAUAUGCCUGGAACCUCUAUGAAUAAGUUUAUAGAGACUCUUGAAACUCUGUUUGACGGGCAAAAACCAUCCAGGCCUAUUAAUAAAAUACAUUUUCAAAAUGCCAGCCGUUACUACGAACAUUUCAUGCAUCAAGUAGAUGUAAAAGUCAAGUUCAAAGACAAAACAGUUUGUUUAAGUUGUAAGGGUAUAAUGCUGGCAUCUCAUUGUGAUGGAAAUUUUAAGCUCUAUCGCCUGCUUUCUGCUUUGGGAAUUAACUUGUCAUCCUUGUAUGGAGAUGUUGUCAUUGCAUUUGACGAAGAUAUGACAAACCAUAUGGCGAAAAUAGACUCUAAAGUACCAAAGAGUAAGUCAAGUCAAACAUGUGGAGAUUCCAUUUUCAAGGCCGCUCGGUCAGAUGCGGGAAAAUUUCAGAAGUUGGACGAGACAAGAAUUAUGAUGCGAAGUUGCCGACACGGCAUUCUGGACAGGGCAGUCAACAUGCAUCAUGGAGAAACAUUUAUAGACACACACACUUCAUGCAUCUCGAUCUUCCAGAAAAAGCUUGUACUUUUUUGUGUGGCGAUGUCAUAUGUCGGUAUUGGGAUUGGGCUAAGAAAGUUGCCUCCCUUUUUCCUGAAUACAAGCCUAUGAUUGAAGGAAUGAAACCGUUUCUUGGAAGAAUGCAUGCCAAAGUACACGUGUGGUACUGCCAGAUAAUAUGGGUUGGGCACUGGAUGUCAGAAGCCGCCUUAACACUUGGGGAAGAACAGGAACAGGUUUUUUCCAAAAUGUCAAGAUAUGGAAGUGUAACAAAGCAUAUGGGGAUUGCAAAUCGGCGGGACCACUUAACAGCUGCCGUUCUUUUUUGGAAUGAUCAAAAGGAGAAGGGAAUGGUUAAUCAACUGAUUAAAAGAAGAGAAAGGGCCUUAAAACAAAUUGAAAUUUCAAACAAACAGCUGGAAAGUGACAUUUCAAAAUACAAAUUGAAAAUUGAACAGCUUCCUGUACUUCUCGGCGAAUUAAGAAAAGCGGCAAAAGAAUGCAAAGCGGGAAAAGAACAUUUGAAAGAUGAGUUGCCAUUACAACAAGCCCAAAAUUCUUUGGAAGGUUACAACGCCCACAUAAAAAUUCUUCAGUCGCGAAUUUCAAGAAUCGCUACGACAUCUGGACAAAGGAUUAAAUUUAGAAAAGCAAUUACUCUGAUGUCGAAAAAGAGAUCUAAGCUUAUUGCAUUCAUUAGUGCUAACUCCAAGUUCAAAAUCCAGGAAGACAAUCUUUUGACUGGUCAUUUUCCAUGGCAAAAUUUAUCAGGCAGUCAGUGUAGAUCAAAUAUGACGUUUCAUGAAAAAUAUCAAGUUGUAGAUAACUGGAUGAUGUUUUUGCGUUCCAGGGAAGAAGUCUUGCAAUCUGAAAAAGAAAUGCGCAACUAUGUCAAAUCUCUCUUGGAACACACGACUUUAUUGGAAAAUCAAAUUAAACAAAAUGAUAUUUUUUUCUCUUCAACAUCAACCUCUAAAGAAAUGAAAAUAGCUCGUCAGAAAAAUGUUAUAUGGUCACAAGAAAAAGAAAAUUGCAUCAGUUGCUGGUCUCGGCAGUUUCUAAAUUCAAGGAAGUAAACGAAAAUUUCAUUAAAGAAACCAAUACAGCUUUUCUUUCAAAUGUUCCGAAUCCUGACGUUGAAUCCCAAAAAGAAAAUGAAGAAGACUACUUAACCGAUGAUAACCAUUUUGAUGAAGAAGCGGAAGACUUUGAAGAAACAGAUUUCCUAAACUGGUCUGAUGGAGAAACAGAUAUCCUAAACUGGUCUGAUGAAGAAAACAGCACAGAUGAAGAUAUUAUUUACUGAAUUGAUAGAAAGGAACAAGUUGUUAGCCUUCUUUUAUUUUCUUUAAAUCAAUGAAAAAUACAAAACUGUGUUUUAUAACUGUUCAGUUUUAAUAAUUUGUGUAAGCUGGUUGAACUGAACCCCGUACUUGAUGA